AUGGCCUACAACGACGAUUCCGUGCUGGCGCGUCUGUCAGCCCUCAAUGAGAGCCACGAUAGCAUUGCGACCGCAGCUCAAUGGAUCAUGUUCCAUAGACGACACGCAGAUCGCACGGUAGCGCUUUGGAUGCAACGACUCAAAGACUCUUCUAGUACGAAACGAUUAAGCUUGGUUUAUCUUGCCAAUGAGGUUGCACAGCAGUCUAGGAUUCGCCACAAGGAGGACUUCAUCAUCGCAUUUUCUCCUGUGAUAGCAGAAGCCGCUGCAGUCGCCUAUAAGGGGGCGCCAGCCGAAAUUCAGGGCAAAUUGCGCCGAGUGAUUGACGUCUGGAAAGACAGGGCAAUUUUCGAGGCACCGAUUCAGGCGGCCAUCGAAUCGCGACUAAACGAACUGGAUAAAGCUCGCGGGUCUGUGAAGCCUGGUUUUGGAGGCUCUCCGUUCGGCGGCGGAUCAUCUACGGCCGUACCUGCAGAAUUCACUCCUCUUAUAUCUGCUCACCAGACGGUCACCAAGCUCAGCGUACCGCUAAAGACGACUAUCGCCUCCGCAAACCAAGAGUACGAAAAGCAAGUCGAUGUUUCAGUGCCGGUUCCUUCAGCACCGGUCUAUGCAGCUCGCCUGAAUGGCUUGCUCAAGACUCUUGCGAGCGCAGAGAGCGCAGUGGCUGAGUGCGUAAAAGCUCGAGAGAGCCUGAUCUCAGGGCUGGAGAAACUGCUGGAUUCAAAUAGGGCGGCAUUGGAAAAUGAAAAGAAUACAGCUCUUGAAUUCUCAACCCGCAAACGAGAGGUUGAAGAUAAGAAGCAGCAGGUCGAAGUUGCCAUCAUGAGAGCACUUGGACCUGCGGAAAACAACGGAUCCCACACGGAAGGGGAAUCUGGCAGCCCGCCGACUGAGCUUGAUCGCCCAGAGAUGGAAGCUCUGACGCCGCCCGGUAUGGAUAAUGACUUUGACGACACUAUGCCAGAGCCGGUCGAGAACAUUGAAGACAGUAUGGAUGUGAAGUUAGCAGAGGACAUUUCAGCAACCGAGCCAUCCACCACCUUUACUCAGUCAUUGCCCAUAUCAGCCAACGGCUCUAACAAAAGGCGACGGGUGGACGAUGGGGAUGACUUUCCUGAUCUCGGAAACGAUGGCGAGAUAGAUCCUGAAGUGGCAGAAAUGCUGAAAGAAAACAGCGAUGUUUGA